AAGAGACUCUCAAAUGAGAUAACCCAGACUUCAGCUAUUCCUAGAAAGACGAAGCCCUUCGUAGCUCACCACGCACUCUACGGGAGAUCUCAAGAGGACGUCGGCUCACACUUUCUAAACAGGCUGUGAAGCUCAGAGCCCUGUGGUCUAUUUAGAGGCCUUUCUCACCGUUGACAAUGACUAGCGAAACAUGGAGUUUCAUAGUUGCCUGGACUCAACUGUUAUUAUUAUUCCGAAUGGCUCCACCGUACGUCAGCGCCAAGUCUUGUCCGUCAGUGUGCCGGUGCGAUGGAGGUUUUAUUUAUUGCAAUGAUAGGGAGUUGACAUCUAUUCCAUCAGGGAUACCAGAGGAUGCUACAACUCUCUACCUUCAAAAUAACCAGAUCAACAACGCCGGGAUACCGUCUGACUUAAAAGGCUUGGACAAAGUUGAGAGAAUCUACUUAUAUCGUAACAGUUUAGAUGAAUUUCCAAUAAACCUCCCCAAAAAUGUUAAAGAAUUGCACCUGCAGGAAAACAAUAUACGGGCUAUUAGCUAUGAUGCACUUUCACAAAUUCCUUCCAUUGAAGAACUGCAUCUAGAUGAUAAUUCCGUGUCUGCUGUCAGUAUAGAGGACGGAGCAUUCAGAGACAACAUUUAUUUAAGGCUUCUCUUCCUUUCGCGAAAUCACCUAAGCACAAUACCCUGGGGUCUGCCUCGAACAAUUGAAGAGUUACGUUUGGAUGAUAAUCGCAUUUCCACUAUUUCAGAGAUUUCAUUGCAAGAUCUCACCAAUCUGAGACGUCUCGUUCUGGAUGGAAAUCUUUUAAACAAUAAUGGCCUUGGGGAGAGGGUCUUUAUGAACCUAAUUAAUUUGACAGAACUCUCAUUAGUGCGCAAUUCACUCACAUCGCCGCCUGCAAAUCUACCAGGCACAAGCCUGAGAAAGCUUUACCUACAAGAAAACCACAUGAACUACGUGCCACCCAACGCGUUUGCUGAUCUGACACAACUAUACCGACUUGACAUGUCAAACAACAAUCUCACGGUUUUACCUCAGGGUAUAUUUGAUGACCUGGACAAUUUAACACAGUUAUUUCUACGCAGUAAUCCUUGGUACUGCGGUUGCAAAAUGAAAUGGAUACGUGACUGGCUGCAGUCUUUGCCUUCCAAAGUUAACGUACGCGGGCUUAUGUGCCAGGCCCCAGAACGAGUUAGAGGCAUGACCAUCAAAGACCUUAACAAAGAACUGUUCGAUUGUAAAGACAGAAUUGACGCAAACACCAUCCAUGUGACCACGACAAUGCUCAAUACUUUACUUCCAGCGCAAGGACAGUGGCCAGCGGUGCCUGCAACUAAACAGGCUGAGAUAAAGCUUCCAGAUAUAAAUAAAAUCUUUCGAACCACUCCAAUACCCAUUAGAAAGAUAAUAACAAUUCAUGUAAAAUCUGUCACUACAGAAACAAUACACAUAUCUUGGAAAACUGCAUUACCAAUGACUGCCCUGAGACUGAGUUGGCAACUGGGUCACAGUCCAGUCUUCGGAUCUAUAACAGAAACCAUUGUGACUGGUGAUAGGACGGAGUAUUUGCUUACAGCCCUUGAGCCAGAGUCCCCAUACCGAGUAUGUAUGGUUCCCAUGGAAACCGGCAACCUUUACUUAUUGGACGAAACACCUGUUUGCAUUGAAACAGAGACAGCUCCGCUUAAAAUGUACAACCCAACCACAACGUUAAACAGAGAGCAGGAGAAGGAACCAUAUAAGAACUCUAGUUUACCACUGGCCGCCAUCAUAGGGGGGGCAGUGGCUUUGAUAGCCAUCACACUCCUCGCUUUGGUUUGCUGGUAUGUCCAUCGGAACGGAUCCCUGUUUUCUAGGAACUGCGCAUACAGCAAAGGCAGGAGAAGAAAAGAUGACUAUGCAGAAGCCGGAACCAAGAAGGACAAUUCAAUCCUGGAAAUCAGGGAGACUUCUUUUCAAAUGAUACCAAUAAACAGCGAACCCAUGUCUAAGGAGGAGUUUAUCAUACACACUAUAUUUCCACCCAAUGGAGUGAGCCUUUACAAAACCAGUCACAGUGAAAGCAGCAGUAACAGAAGUUACAGGGACAGUGGUAUACCAGACUCCGAUCAUUCACAUUCAUGAUGGCGAAUGUGGAAGGACUUAUUUUUUAUAGGAACUUUAUUAAAGUGACUGAAAUUCACUGUUCCACUGUAAAACACUGGAUUAAAGAUUGAAGGAGCAAUGUACUGUACAUUUGCCAUAUAAUUUAUAUUUAAGAACUUUUUAUUAAAAGUUAAAGAAUUUCAGGUCGAAGCUACAAUUAAAUGUAGUUUGACACCUGAACACAAUGCUCUAUUUUAGUAUUUUUUUGUAAUUUGUACUGUAUUUUCCUUGCUAAUAUUGGACGUUACAAAACAUUUAACUCUUUGUGUUCUACUGAGUAAAAUGACUUGUCGACUGUGAAAGUGAAUUUCUUUGCCGUGUUGAACAAUCAGGACUUUUUUUUUGUUGCAGUAUAAAGCACAGAUCAUUUUUGGGAUUUUUUUUUCAAAAAAACAUGGUACACAAGAUGUAGCUACAAAAAUAUAAAACCAAGUAUUGGCUGUAUAAAAACUGUAUGCAACUUAAAGACUCAAUAAACAAUAAGUGUUUAGUAACGGGCAUUAUAUGUUGUCUGAAUGCAACCACAUGUUUAUUCAUGAUAAAUCCUGAAAUGACUGAUACGAGUUAAGCAAUUACUGUACAUUUAAUUCUAAAUUAACAGAUCUGUAACAUUAUUUUUGAAACCCAACCCUAUAUACGGUCACCCAUCAAUCUUAAUUUUAAACCGAAAGUCAGCCACAGUCCAUCCAUUUGCCUAUUUUGACAAUGAAAAUUAUUUUUCCAUUCCGUUGUACAGCACUGUGAAAUAUAAAGGCACUAUAGAAUUUAGCAAUCCAUCUUUCUAAAACAUGUAUGUAUCAGAUACCAAUAAAUUGCCGUACAAAGCUAGAAAGUGAAAAGUAAAAAAAAAAAAAAGGUCCAGAAGUGCAAAGUACUCGACCACAAAACCCUAUUGUUUAUGCAAAGCUGACAAUUCUAAAAGACACAGAAUAAAGCCCUUUACUAGAACACGUAUAGAUCAGAAUAAAGAUGUACCAUGUUCAUUUUUGCCUUCCUGAUUAUUAUGAGCUAUUUAAUAUUUAAACAAACCAUACAAAUUUGUUGCCAUACUUUUUAAUUUUUCUAUUUUCUCCAGAUAAAAACCAAAGUGCGUUGUAUGCCCUUUGGCCAGUCUUGUAUGUGCCUUGAACCAAUGCUACAUGUAUUAGGCUUUCAUUCAGUGACAACUUUUUCAUACUUGUUGAACUAUGAAAAAUACUGGUCUUAUUUGCUGAAUAAAACGAGAAAAAAGUA